UCCUCUCGCAUCCUCAUUCCUCAAUAAGAGAGAGAGAGAGAGAGAGAGAGAAACGACAAAAAUCUCUUUUAUCCAAUUGCUAUAGCAAAAUGCCUUCUCUUGCACCCACUUUGCUCUCAAAAUGCACCGUCUUCCCGGACCAAACCUCCACUCUCGGAAACCUAAAACUCUCCGUUUCGGACCUUCCCAUGUUGUCCUGUCACUACAUCCAAAAGGGUUGUCUCUUCACCCAACCCAAUCUUCCACUCCACGCUCUCAUUUCUCAGCUUAAAACCGCACUCUCUCGCACACUCUCCCUCUUUCCUCCUCUCGCCGGAAGGUUAGUAACAGACUCCCACGGCUACGUCUACAUCGCCUGCAACGACGCCGGCGUCGAUUUCAUCCACGCCAAUGCCACCGCCCUCCGCAUCUGCGACCUUCUCUCCCCUCUCGACGUCCACGAAUCCUUCAAGGAAUUCUUCGCCUUCGACCGGAAAGUCAGCUACACCGGCCACUCCUCGCCGAUUCUCGCAGUACAAAUCACGGAGCUCGCCGACGGGAUAUUCAUCGGCUGCGCCGUCAACCACGCCGUCACCGACGGCACCUCCUUCUGGAAUUUCUUCAACACCUUCGCUCACCUCUGCCGAGGAGCCACCAACUCCCCCCGCAACGUCCCGGACUUCCGCCGCGACUCCAUUCUAAUCUCGGACGCCGUCCUCCGCCUCCCCCCCGGCGGUCCUCAGGUGACGUUCGAUGCGGCGGCGCCGCUGCGCGAGCGAAUCUUCAGCUUCAGCCGCGAGGCAAUUCAGACGCUCAAAGCCAAAGCCAACAACUGGCGGUUAGCGGAAAAUGAGAACAACGCGGGAGAGUUGAUGAAGAAGCAGAGCAACGAUGAGCACGCGAAGGGCAACAGAAUACUGGAGAACUGGUUCAAGGUUAAACCGCUAAGCGUGACGGAAACGACGGAGAUUUCGUCGUUUCAGUCGGUGUGCGCGUUGCUGUGGCGCGCGGUGACAAGAGCGAGAAAAUUGGCAUCGUCGAAAACGACGACGUUUAGAAUGGCGGUGAAUUGCCGUCACAGGAUUGAACCUAAACUAGAAAGGUACUACUUCGGGAACGCGAUUCAGAGCGUGCCUACUUACGCUUCCGCGGGGGACGUUUUAUCAAGGGAUCUAGGGUGGUGCGCGGAGCAGCUGAACAAAAGCGUGAAGGCGCACGACGAGGCUAUGGUGCGGCGCUUCGUAGAGGAUUGGGAAGGGAACCCGAGGUGCUUCCCUUUAGGUAACCCUGACGGUGCCUCCAUCACCAUGGGUAGCUCCCCCAGGUUCCCAAUGUACGAUAACAACUUCGGCUGGGGGAGGCCUCUCGCCGUCCGAAGUGGUCAAGCCAACAAAUUCGACGGUAAGAUCUCCGCUUUUCCCGGGAGAGAUGGAUCAGGGACCGUUGAUUUGGAGGUUCUUCUAUCGCCCCAAACCAUGGAGGCCCUUCACUCUGAUUCCGAGUUCAUCAAAUACGCAACGUCUCACUUAUGACACGUCUCCACUCUCCCUGCCUCCACCGCUAGUAAGACAAGAUGUUGUCCAUGUUUCCGCUUAUGAAAUGCUUUCCUUUUCUCUUGGAUCAUUGCCUUUCUAUUUUUCUAUUCUCAUUCAGUAGACAGUUGUAAUAAAACAUUACUUUAAUAAUUUGGAUUUUAAUAUAAACCAAAAGUCAGAGUUGGGUCCAUUGAAAAUGAAGAUAUAAAUUUGUUUUGGUGAAAUAUGAAUGUAUAAAGGUGGGAUUGGAUGAA